AAGAGGAUCGCCGCUCCGAGACCCGAUUCGCGACUUCAGGGGCCUAGAGAAGCCCGAGACCGGCGAACGACCAUUGCUGCAAUCGUAUGAGGGGAAUUAGGACUGAGCCACUGAAAUAUGCUUUUUAGAAUAAGCGGCAUCAUUGCUCUGAAUGCGUUUCUUGAUUUCUAAUUAAAAUUAUUUAUUGUUAUGCAAGGAUAUAUACAUACCAAAAAGAUGAUUGAGGACUUCAACCUGAGCAGGAGAGGCGAGCUUUCCACUAAAGCAAACGCAGACGGAUUACAGUACAUAGGUUUAAUCUGAUUUCCGCUUGAUUUUGGAUUAUAUCGGAUGUUUUCUUUGGAAUGGAGGGUCGUGAUUUCUCCGCUCCAGCACACCUCCUCUCAGAGCGGGCCACUCUAGUGCACCGCGCCGCCUCUCGCAUCUCCUCCUCCGGCCACGGCUCUGUGCAACAUGCGCCUCAUUUUCCAGCCGGGAAAUAUUAUCCAUCUCACUUACCGAUGGCGGCGCAUUCAGGCAGUGGACUGAUGGGAAACUCCUCAGCCACCUUCAUGGGGACUUUCCUGGCCAGCAGUCUAGGCUCUCCUCCCUCACACCCACCACACCCCUCCAGACCACCAUCCUCUCCCUCCUCUCCUCCUUAUCGUGGGGGUCCUCACUCCAGCGCCUCUCAGAUCUGGUUCCCCCACUCACAUGAAGCAGUCCCAGGGUAUCCUCGCUUCUCAGGGAGUCUAGCCCACACCUUUCUUCCCAUAAGCCAUUUGGAUCACCAUGCCAACAGUGGGGUCCUCUAUGGACAGCAUCGUUUCUAUGAUACACAAAAAGAGAACUUCUAUUUAAGAAGCCUCCCGUCCCAGCCCCCACUCAUCUCAGCCAAUCACAACAUCCAGCCGAUGUCAAGGACAGGAUCCGGACAACCCCAGGGCUCAUGCAGCAGGGACAGAGAUGCAGGAAGUGGGAUGAACCUACAAAAGGGUAUUAAAGAGCCUAGCUUAGAGAGAGGUGUGGUUUCAGCUGCAAAAGAUAAAGACAGACCUAGUAAUAAACAUGAUUCUAAAGACCGCCAUCACCACCAACUACUCCAUCAUCACUCCCAUCAACCCCAGCUCCACCCACAACAUCCAGCCACUAUGGAAGAGAUGAACGGCAGGGGACACAAAGCCACUCUGCCUAUUGAGUAUAAGGAACAUCCACAGAGCAUGGGAAAGCCUCUUAGUGCCUGUCUGCUGAAUGGAAAGAUGCUAAAUGGGGACCAUGGAACAGGGGCAAAAGGCUCCAUGACUACGUAUGGUGGGGAUGGGGUGGUUAGAGGUAAUGUAGGGUCCAAUAAUGUCCAAAACAGACACGUGGGAGGUGGCACUAACGGGCACUGUGGUAAAGAGGCGAUAAGUGGGGAGAUGCGGAUCAGUGAACAGCCUCCUACAGACUGUCUGGAGCGAGGUCAGGCAUUGCAGCAUUCUUUGCCCUAUUCAGUGCCUCCUCCACUGCCCAUGGCUGCUGGAGGGGGGCAUCCAAGUGGCUUCCACUGUCUGCAGCUCCAUCCUGGCCACCCCCAUCACCCACACCAAAAUCGCCACUCACACCAUCACCCUGACUUUUUCUGCCCUCCACCACCAGCCCCUAUGGGAAAUCCUUCCUUACAUGAUAAAGGAAUCAAUAAUGGUGGCUGCAGAGACUCCAAAGUGACUGGAGCCACAUUUAUUCCAUCUGUUAGCCACCUUGGGGAGAAAACCGGAGGCCCCUUCCAGAUGGGCAACUCUGAGUGCCAGGGGGUUGGGGGUGGAGGGAACAGUGUCAAGGACAAGGCCAUGGAAAAGAUUGGCAAUGGGGGGCAUCAUGGUAACUGGCCCAGGAAACAACAGCAUCAACCUCCAACCCAGCAGCAGCAUCCCUACAGAAAAGCUGAAAAAGCACCUGACUGGAUGCACAACCACAACCACCACCAUCACCUACAGCAACAACAGCAGCAGCAAAGCCAUUCCCAGCAACACCAGACUGUGCGAUCCCGCAGUGCUGACUGCAUCAACAGUAUGGAAACAGACAUGUUCAGAUCUACACUUACUCAAGAGACAAAGACUGUUCAUCCUCUACCCAACCAAACCAACACAAAUUCUCAGCCCUACAGAGACUGCUCACACUCCGGGCCUCCAACCAUUCCCUCACCUCUUGCUGGGAAGACCAUGACUCAGCACACGGGUGGAGGAGGACAUGGAAGCUGCUCUAUGCAGCGAGAUGGACAGAAGGUUGCCCGCAUUCGCCACCAACAGCACAGUAGGGCUGGCCCCGAUACCCCUGGCACAGACAUGGCCCAGGCUAAUGGGAACCAGGAGAUGAAGCGGAAGAUGGAAAUGUCUCCUUAUGGCUACAACAACAAUGUGCAGCAUCACCCACAUCAGCAUACAUCAGUGCCACCUUGGGCCAUGCAAUCUCAUCACAUCCACUCUGAAGAGAACCAGCAUAAAGCUUACAUGGAACCUAACAGUGGAACUGCCAACAACAGACCGCCCACACAACAGCAGCACCAGACGGCAGGAAUGGGUCCUCCUCCUCCUCCUCCCCUUCAUCCAGCUCCUCCUCAAAACCAGCAGGAGAUCACAAGCUCACAGGGAGAGAACAGUGCCAUAAAGAACCUUCUGAAGUACAGCAACCAGCAGCCUCUCCUCCUGUCCCAAAAGAGCCCAUUUGGAGGGCUUGGGAACCUCAAAACAGCAGCUAAUGGCACCAGCUGCUCUAUACAGGGAGGCAAGCAGACCCUACCCUCCAGGAAAGGCCAAAGCCAUGAAAGUGAGAGAGCUGAUUGUGGUGGACGUGGCCGAGAGAUAGGAGAUGUCCCACAUGUAGAGGGGGAGGUGCGACAGCCUCCGGUAGGGAUUGCAGUUGCCGUGGCAAGACAGAGAGAACCUCCAUGCCAAGCAUCAGGCAGCCAUCCCAGCAGCCGACAGGGGCGGGUGCACUCCACCAUGAAAGGCAUUCCACGCUCCAUGUAUCCUUCAGAUUCAACUGGAGAGGAGGAGAGGAAAAGGAUGAGCGUUGAACACAUGGGCCACCGGUGCCUAGACAGAGAACGAGACGUGUAUAUUAGGGAUAACAAGGAAAGGGUCGAAUUGGCACACAUCCAUCCCUCAAACAGUUGCCAUGGUGACCUUACCUCUCACAUCAUGGUGCCAGGUGGAACUUCCAUGCAGUCGAGCCAAUUAGGAGACCCAGCUGCACAUACACACUCUGCUCAUCACCACUGGAUGCCACGUACAGGAAGUCCCUCACUAUGGAUGACAGGUCACUCCUACGGUAUUGGUCACACAGCUCUGCAUCAGAAUCUCCCUCCUGGGUUUUCUGCAGCCAUGCCUGCCCCUCUUCAGCCAGUUCUACCCCUGCCCCAGGACCCCUCCACCCAACUGGUGGUGCUGCCCAGUGAGCCUGCCACACACCCGGCUUCUCACCUUGAUGUGAUGGAGCAGCCUGGCCUGUGGCCCCCAGUCUACAGGGCCCGAGGGGCCCACUCCCACAUGCAGCAUCCUGCUGUGUAUCCUCGCUCGCAGUUUCUACGGCAACAAGAGCUUUAUGCUCUCCAGCAACACCAGCAGCUGCAGCAUCAGCAACACCCCAGCCAUCACAUGCCGCCACCUCCAUCACACAGAGUAGCAAACAACAUAGAUCUUCAGCAGAGAGCCACAGCUGACCACAGCCAGGUGCAAAAGAAGCCAGAAGAACAGAGCAUGGAGCUAGAAGACAUUUUGUCUGAACCCAGGACUCCCAAACCUGCUAAGGGCUAUGCCUACGGCCCAUCCAACCAGGCCUCCUCACCUCCCAGGGGCUCCGCUGCCCAUUUGUCGCCCUGCUGCCAGUCCCCUUGUAUGCGGCCUCACCCUAAAAGCACACCCUCCACUCCCUGCCCCGCCCCAAGUCCGGUAGCUGCGACACCCCGCUCACCAGCCAUCAGCCCUUCUCCAUCACAGAUGCCCAAAACUGUUGAGUCCCAGGAAAAGAGAGUGGAAGGGCAGCCACUACAAGACUAUCCUCAAUCCAUGGAGCCUGAUCUGCCACCUGGAUAUACCUAUCCGAAAAUCAACAUGGGAUAUAGGAAUAUCCCCACCACUCAAGACGUACAGCUGGCAGAGCCUGCUGAUCUGGAGGCUGUUCAGACUGAACCUGUUGAGCACCCUCCUCCAGCUCUCUCCAGCUUGGGAGAGGGCCUGGAAUGUCAUGCAAUGGUGAGGCCACUCCGAGAACCACAAGAGCCAACAAUGGACGUUGAUGCCACUAGUCUAGUUGAAGAACAACCUGAGGGUGUGUUUGUGCAAGGGGAGGUUGUCAAGACAGUCAUGGCCAUGGGCUGCUGUGAACCCAUUGAGGACAAUCAGAAAAAGGAGCAUGCCAAGAUAAUUUGCACACCUGCUGAAGUUUCAGGCUCUGAAGAAGGACAGGUAACUAUCCUAUCGUCUGAGGAAGUAAUCCAUCAAGAAGAACCAAUUGUUACCUUUGACGAAGAAGUGGGGGAAGAUAUACCUCCUCAAGAGAGUGAAGACAUUGACACACUGAAGGAUCCAAUACCAAUACCACAACCAUGUGUCUCUGAUUGUUCACUCAACCAGCUGCCAAACACCACUGCCCAAGCAGAUGUUGCAGUGGUUACUGAGGAAGAUGAAGAGAAAAACUAUGUGAAGGUUCCAUCUCCAACAACAAAUAGCUGCUCCCAGAGUCUCACAACAAGUUACUGGAGUUUGGAGCUCCUGAUUGCAGCAGCCUUCUGUGGGGACUGUCCUCCUCCCUCUCCACCUUCCCCUUACCAAUCCCAGAGAUACUGUGGCCCACUCAACUCCACAUAUCAUGGCAUGGAAUUGCUGAGUGAGCUGGCUGAUCUGGAACUGCAACGGUAUCAACAAAGUUGUGGUAAAACUCAAGAAGAAGAUCAAUGGACUUUUGACCUGCAGAGUCUUGCUACUUUGGCAGCAGCACGUGCCCUUGAAUUGGGUUCACAGGAGAGCAGCACCACAGAUGCUGAGAAGCAGUUUCCUGCUCGAAGAGCUCUCAACUUGCGCAGAAAAUGCAGCUGGACGCCUCGCCAUGAGCCGGUUUGCCCAGUGAAAGGUACCAUGGACAGUAUGGAUGGGCAGGAGUUGGCGAUGCGAGUGAGGUUAGCAGAGCUGCAACAGCGUUACAAAGAGAAGCAGAAAGAACUGGCCAAACUCCAGAGGAAGCAUGAUCACCAGAAAGAGGAGACUCCUCGCAGUCCAGCACGUCGUGGCCCUGGUAGACCACGCAAACGCAAAUCAGUCCCUGGUCUUGGCUCCGGGGCCCUUAUUGAACCCCAGAAAAAAGUAAAGUUGGUGGGGGUGGGGCUAAGUCCACUAGCAGAGGAGCACCGGGGAGGUGGAGAAUCGCAGAAGAAAAAUAAAAAAUUGUCCAGUCGAGGAUUUGGCCGCCUUAGCUCUACACAGAUGAAGUCACAGUGUUAUCGGAAGAACAGCACCCAUGAUCAACAAAUAACUCAACUCAAGCAGAAGGUCCCAGGUGGACGACAUUCAUCUGGAGCUGCGUCAAGAGACCCAGAGUUUUCCUCUGCAUCUAAGAGCCUGUACUCUGGCCAUAGUAACUCCAAAAGAGAUUCUACACAGCUCAGCACAGCCAAUGAGUCUGAGAGCCUGAGCGAUACAGCCACGAGUGGGGACAGCGGGACACAGGAGUGCUGGAAGAGACACCAUCCAGUGGCAGCUAAAAAGGAAAGAAAGAAAAGUCCUGGAUCAGCAGCUUGUUUGCAGCAGCCAGGGGCCAGGAUCCCGCAGGGCAGGGGACAGGAAGUGGAUGAGGACGGGGAGACGUCCCCCUCUGAGAGCGAGUCCUCUGAGCAAGAGGAAGAUGAAGAGGAAGGCAGUUAUGGCAGUGAGGAAGGCCAAGACAUCAAAGCGCAGACGUUCAGAGAUCUGCCGUUCAGUCCUGCCAUUACAGGCCCCUCAACUUUCUCUGUUGUCAAACUGGAAGCCAAUCAGAAGGCGAAAAUUAAGCGGGCACGACAAGAACUUUAUGGAUCUCAGUUUCGGGCCGUAACAGAUGGGGACGUGAAGGUAAAACGACGACCCACCUGUAGAUCCAUCCCCAUCACUGUCUCCAAACCACCAGGAGUCAGAAGGCGACCAGGCAGGCCCAGAGUGCAGGACAAACGCUGGCCUGGGAUCACGGGCAGGCCGGGUCAUUACAGAAAGAGUAGCAGUCUUCUCUCAUUUCCCAGCAGCAGCAACACUGAGAGGCUAAAGAGAGCCACUCGGAAGAGCUCCAUGCUGAGAGCCACGAGGAGAACUUACUGGUCGACCGAGGCCCAGUCCCAAGACAGUGAUGAUAACGGCAGCACUCGGAGAACAAGACUUCGAGAGUCCAAAGGUCGAGCAGUCAGCCGUCUGAUGGAGAGUUUUGCAGCAGAUGAGGGCUUCCACCUGGGUGAGGACAGUAGCUUCUCAGAGGAGGAUGAGAGGAAGGUGUCAUCGAAUAGCAGAAGUGCUCCAGCUCCUCCGAACUGUGUUCUGACUAAAGAGCUCCUGACAGAUGAACUCAAAGUUCUGAUCUCCAAAGAAGAUGAACUACUGUAUGCUGCUCGUGUGCAACCCCUGGAGUCGCCUGAUGUCUACAGUAUUGUUAUCGACGGGCAGAGAGGAAACCGACCCAGAAUCUACUCCCUGGAGCAACUCUUGCAGGAAGCCGUACUGGAUGUACGCCCUGACACUGAGGCUGUGCUAAAAGAAGGGACUAGAGUGUGUGCUUACUGGAGUGAGCGCUCACGUUGUCUUUACCCGGGAUAUGUGCGAAGGGGAGGCGAUGAAUCUAAACCUGGUGGGGUUAUGGUGGAGUUUGAUGAUGGAGAUAGAGGGUGGAUCUCUCUCUCCAAUAUUCGCUUUCUUCCACCAGGUUACCAAAUCCAAUGUGUUGAUCCUGGACUCAUCUCUGAGGGGCAGCUUGACAAAAAAAUUUCCAAGCAAGAAAACAAGACUCUGAGUGAAAGGACAGCAAGAACAGACAGAUUCAAAGCUCAGGAGAAGCUUGUCAGAAGACCAGGGAGGCCUAAAGGUUCAGGGCUAAAGAAGUCUCUCUCAGACAGUGUAGCCAAGAGCUCAGCACCUGCUGUGGCAUGGCCAUCAGUGGCUGCACCCAGGAAGAGAAUGCCUGUUAACUUUUUCCAGCUCAGUGGCUCAGCCUCGAAGAAGGCCUUGAAAGGCAGGGUGGCGGAAACAUCUUCUCGACCUUCAGUCUCCAUGACGACACCAACCAAAGGCCUCUUUAGCAGUAGCUCCUUUGAGGUCGACUCCUUCAGCAGCAUAGCUAACGGUUAUUCAUCCUUUGGCAGCCAGACAUCUGGGAUUUCACUGGAGGGCAAGAACAGUUCUUAUGGUCAAAAGAAGAGGAUUGAGGAGCCAGCACAACCUCGGGGCAAGAAAGCCGAAUUUCUAAUCAAAUUGGACCAUGAAGGAGUAACAUCUCCAAAGACUAAAAACAGUAAGGCUCUCCUGUUGCUGGGAGCCUCAGGAUUUGGCUCCAAUGGGGUGGGUGGUUUGCCCAGGGCAGAGGCUUACUCACACCCAGUUCUGCUAGUCAAGGAAAACAGGAAAGGAGACGGCUCACGAGCAGAGCUCUUACUGAAAGGGAAAGCAGUCCAGAGGAAGCCCUCACCAUCAUUGCACAUGAGUGAGUAUGGAGACUUGAACCUUGGCUGCCACAUGGACUGCCACAGCUCUUACUCAGACAUGGAUGAGGAAGAGGAAGAAGUGGAAAGGAGGACAGGGCGUGCUGCACUUGCUCCUGCCUCUGGAGGUUUGAGAACAGCUGGCCGUUUUCUCUCACGCAUCUCGGUCUCCUCGUCUUCCUCAGGUUCUUCCAGCUCUUCCAGCUCAGGCUCUCUCUCGAGUUCCAGUCUGUGCUCUUCUGAAAAUGACUCAUCUUACAGCUCGGAGGAUGAGGAAAGCUGCUUGACCCCCCACCAUUCUUUGCUCCAGACCCCUGAACCCCCUGUGGGACCCCCACGGCACUCCUUUGUGGCCAAAGCUGUGGCAGUGUCCAGUGCCAAAGGUGGGCAUGGCAACCACAGUACUAACAGCAAGCCACAGAAGAGGAAAGAGUAUCCCAGUUCAUUCUCCAAAACCCCUAAAGAUCUGGUUAAGAGGCAACGGCUUCUAGCAGACCAGACCAAACCCAGAGUGUCAACCACCCUGCCAUCUAGACAGCUGUGGAGGUGGUCAGGAAACCCCACGCAACGCCGUGGACUUAAGGGAAAGGCCCGGAAGCUUUUCUACAAGGCCAUAGUGCGUGGCAAGGACAUGGUGCGGGUAGGAGACUGUGCUGUGUUCCUUUCGACUGGGCAGCCUCUUUUGCCGUUAAUCGGCCGCAUUGAGAGUUUCUGGGAGUCAUGGCAGAGCAGCAUGGUCGUGAAGGUCCAGUGGUUCUACCACCCUGAAGAGACCAAGCUAGGCAAGAGACAUCGUGAUGGCAAGGAACAUGCUCUGUACCAGUCAUGCCAUGAGGAUGAAAACGACGUCCAGACAAUCUCUCAUAAGUGUCAGGUGGUCACACGUGAGGAAUACGAGCGAUUGACCCGCAACAGGAAGUCUGAUGGGAGCUAUCAUGACCUGUACUAUCUGGCCGGCACUUACGACCCCACCAGUGGCCAGCUGCUCACUGCAGACGGGAUGUCCAUACUCUGUUAGCACUGGACUUGCAUGCCUGCGUAUACUACUGAGUUGUCUUUGGUCCAAGUCAGAGAUGUUGCACUGCAAAUAAGAGGCUGGACUUUCCGACAGAGGACCAGGAAGUAGACUACCACACUCAUACCCAUAAACUCUGUCUACUCCGGGGAGAUAUGUGCAUGCUCCUCCUAGCGAUACCUUACAGUACAGUAGAUCCAGUUUGUCCAUGGUCCUAAUUCUCUUCCGAGGUUUUCUAAUGGGCAUAUUGUGGAUCUAAUUUAUGAACUGUUACCUGAUCUUAGAUCACCAAAGCAAAACUCUUGGUUUGGAGAACAUGGCGGAUGUUUAUGAAGGCUUGAGCCAUGUUGUAGGCAGUGGCGGUGUGGGGAGCUCUCCGCACGUCACUUUCAUGAUUCCAGGGAUAUUUAAGUACAUAUAGAUCUAAAUAUAUAUUAAGUUCAUUUAUGUAUAUAUAGGGAAGUAUUUCCUUUCAAGCCAUACACUUCAGUACCUCUUAACAUGUCUUUUUAUUCAGGUGUAGAUUGUACAGGACAGGUUGCUGGUGUUUUCUUUGUUGUUGUCUAUAUGUAAAUAUUCGAAGCUAUUUUAUAUAAGUGUAAUGCUUAUCUUACCAUGUUCUAAUUGAUUUAUUUUUGUAUAAGUGGGUGAUACAGUAGUUGAUUUCUGUGAGAGGGUGGACUGCUGAUGUAUGCAUUGCACUGCACACGGCCUGCUGAUACAGUGAGAGCGGAGUCGUCCCUGCCCUGCUUUCUCUUUCAGGGAGAGGGGUUACACAGGGCUCCAUCCUUUUAUUGGCUGCACUUUGGGCAUUUGUUCCUCUAAUGUCUUACUUCAUUUUUGUUUUUGGUUGCUUAUGUUAGCAGACUCAAAACACUUUAAUGUUAAAACAAAGGGAAACAAAUAUUGACUCCUUAAAAUGGUUCCAUAAAUUUGACAUCCAGUGGCUAAAUUUAAUCAGUUUUUUAAAUUAGUGUACAAAAAAGGAGAGUAAAAUGGUGAUCCUCAUAAAGAAAUGUCAAGGUCAUAUUUCAUAAAAUCAGGAAGAAAUCACAAAGUCUGAUUUUAGGACUAUUUGAACCGACGCAUAGUGACAUUAAACACAAUGUCAUUCUCAGUACCAUGAUACAGUAAUGAAAAUCAGAAGGUCUGCCUGGACACAAUGAUUUUUUGUUCUUGGCCUAAUUUGUGAGAUUCACCUUAAAUACUGGUAUAUAAUACUAGAAGGACAUGAAAAAGAAUUCUGGCAUGUGUUAUUACUGUAUCUGAUGCAUUUUCAAAUGCAUCCUGCACUGUAUCAUUCGCUUUUUACUGCAUUUUUAAAUUGAGCUCCCAUCAAAAUGAGUAUUUUCUAUUAAUGGUGAAAUACACCUGAUUCUUUAUCUUAGUAUCCCAGGGUCAGGACACCAAAAGCAAGGGAUUGUUAGAGCACUAGGCACAGCUGGAGUACUUAGAGAAGUUGGCGUACGGUCAGACUGUACUCCAUGCACCCAUUUUUCACUGUGAGGGACAAUCGCAUUCAUGCAUGAAGGAGCAUCCACUGUUUGAAAGGCUGACACAAUCAUAGCGUUCUUCUUUUGUGCCAAAAAUAGUCAUUUCUGAUUAUGCAAUCUUCACUGUAUUGUACAAGUAUUAUUGUUGUUGUUUUAUCAUUAGUGUUUAUUUAUUGCCAGUGUUACUGUUUCAUUACAAAACCAAUAGAUCAUGAUGAAGAUGUCUUAUUUGCUGGGAUCUGUUUGACCCAAAAGUGUCGUACUAGCGUGCAUACGGCUUGAGCUACAGUCAGACCUUCACCUCUUGUCACCCCAUUAACAACAACUUCAGCCCUGCAGGGGAAGUGACGUUGUUCACUGACCCGCUCCGUUUCCUGACCGUUCACCCCCAUCCUUUCAAUGAACUUCUAGAGUCUCCCCAAUGCCACAUUUGACCUUGGGAUUUGCUUAUUGCAGAGAGCCUCAAAGAAAAGUAUAUGUGUGGCUAUAUGUUUAAAGUAGCACACUUUUCUUACUGCUGGAGUAUAUAGUAUGCAUAUUCUGUAUGUAUAGGAUACCUGGAUGGCCUACUACAUUGCCAAAAUGUGCAGUAUACAUAAAGCGUGGAAUUCUGUAUCCCACAAUGCAAUGCGCUCAGCUUGACCUUCCAUUUUCAGUGUGACGAACGAACAAGCAUCAGCUCUCGCUUUCCUGACUAAUUAUUUGAUCAAAAUGCCAAAUUGUGAAUUACACAUAAAAUUGGACUUUUAUUUUCGAUGAUUUUUGCAAACUAGGCAGUAAACAGUAUAAACAGCACAGUAUAAUACACCGCUAUUCCAUUUUGAACAUAGCCUGUACUUAUGACUUGUUCCCCAUUAAUAGUUUGACAUCGUAUUUCCAGUGUGAUUGAUAUUUAGGAUGUUAGGAUUUGUUUAACUCCUCUUGUAAUCAGAGCUAGGUCUAUAUAAAAGGUCUCUGUGUGUGUGUGUGUGUGUGUG